AUGUCAAAGGCAACUGCUCUCAUUGAUCACACUGGAUCUGGGGGGCUUACAAUCAAAAGUGCCGGGACUGUGUCCGUGGAGGAUGUUCGUUUCACAGCGAACAAGAUUGGUAUUGUUACCGAUACUGAUCUGAUCUCGCUCGCGAACGAAGCGGUCACGAUCGACGGAAAGAUGACAACCACGGGUGACCUCAUGGUCACUGACAACACCAAAUUUGCUGUGUAUGCGAGCAACGGAAAUACAGUCGUGGGCGGAACUCUUGGGGUCACGAGCGCGGCGACGCUUUCGAGCUCCCUGGAUGUCGCACAAACGUUCCGCGUGGCAACCUCCAAGUUUACUGUUGAUCAUUCGUCUGGUAACACGGUCGUGGCUGGAACUCUUGCAGUUGAUGGGGCCACCACGCUCAAAUCUGCUGUGUCACUUCCGCUGGAUGCUGCCACAAUCACACACACAGCGGACAGCAGCCCAACGGCGGGACUGACAAUAUCGAGCACCAACGCUCAUGUCGACGUGGAAUCGGUGCGGUUCACCGGCAAUACAAUCGGUGUCGCCAACGAUCCUGAUUUGGUGACUCUUGGGGUUUCAGCGGUAACCAUUGAUGGCACUGCAACGUCAACUGGUGAUCUCACUGUUGUGGACAACACCAAGUUCCAGGUGACCGCCACCAAUGGCAACACUGUGGUUGGCGGAACCCUUGGGGUCACUGGCGCCACGUCAUUGACAUCUGCAUCGCUGUCAAGCACCCUUGUGGUCACUGACGCGACCACUCUAUCUAACACCCUCACCGUGGCUCAAGGCGCUACCCUGUCCAGCACCCUGAACGUCGCCCUGGACGCGACGCUGCAGAAGAAUCUGAUCAUGUCUGACGCGGCUGCAGCCCUGACACACUCAGCUGCAACCGGUGGACUGACCAUCAAGAGCACGAAUGGUUACGUGGACGUGGAGCAAGUCCGCUUCACCGACAAGACGAUUGGCAUUGAUGGCGACCCAGACCUCGUGACCCUCGCAUCUAAUGCUGUGACUAUCUCUGGUACACUUGACACAACUGGAAAUUUCAAGGUUGCAUCCACCAAGUUUUCUGUGGAUUCGGCGACGGGCGAUACGGUAGUGACAGGAACCCUCGCAGUGACCGGCGCAACAACGUUGUCGAGCACUCUUGGUGUCACUGGCGCCGUGACGCUGUCAGACACGGUCAAUGUUGCGCUGGACGCGACCCUGCAAGGUGAUCUCAUCAUGAGUGAUGCAGCUGCAACUUUGACUCACUCAGCCGCAACUGGUGGACUGACCAUAAAAAGUACGAGUGGAUACGUGGACGUGGAGCAAGUUCGCUUCGCCGACAAGACGAUCGGCAUCAGCGCUGAUGCCAGCCUCAUCACUUUGGCUAGUGCUCAAGUUACAAUCGGAGGAACUCUAAAACUGGACUCCACUGGGGAUGUGGAAGUUGCAAAAGCUCUUGCUUCCAUCACUCACACUGGUGGCACUGGCAUGGCAAUCAGUAGUACAACAGGAUACGUCGAUAUCGAGAGUGUUCGCUUCGGGGGUAGUGUGAUGGGUCCCACUGGUGAUCCCGACCUGGUGACCCUCGCGAGUGGGGCCUUGACCAUCGCUGGUACCCUCAGCACCACAGGCACCUUUGCAGUGGCUGGGAAUAAAUUCACAGUCGCUUCAGACACGGGUAAUACUGCAGUCUUUGGAGAACUCGGUGUCACCGGCGCCGCGACGUUAUCGAGCUCUCUUGAUGUGAACUCGGACUUCAAAGUUGCUACGAACAAGUUCACUGUUACGGCGAGCUCAGGAGACACAACUGUUGCCGGUACGUUUACAUCAGGGGAUGCUACAGUGUCUGGAACCCUCGGCGUGACUGGAGCUACCACGAUCACCACUACCCUCAACGUAGGGUCCGAUUUCAAGGUGGCCACGGACAAGUUCCAAGUCACUGCGACCAGCGGUAACACUGCUGUAG